AUGGCUUCGCAAGCUCCCAACCAGCCGCGGCCCUACCCCGGCAACUACCUCCCCAACGGCGGUACCCCCACUCCAUCAGGUCCUGCGCCUGGGGCCGUCCCACUGCUCCCCAACCAGGGUCGUGUGAUUCAGCAGGGCAGCAUCAGAGUGCUCUGCAUUGCUGAUGUCCGAGGAAACCUGCAAUCGCUCAACCAGCUCGCCGCAGACGCGCGGGCAAACUACAUCAUCCACACUGGUGACUUUGGCUUCUACGAUGACCGCUCGCUCGAUCGCAUCGCCGAGAAGACCCUCAAGCACGUCGCACAAUACUCACCUCUGCUGUCCGACGGCGUCAAGCGCUCCAUCGCCCAAGCAGGCCCGCAACCGCCAAUCAAGGAGCGCUUCUCAAGAGAGCACCUGCCCCUCUCGGAGCUGCCCCUCUUUCUCAACAAGACAUACACACUCAACGUGCCAGUCUACACAGUAUGGGGUGCCUGUGAGGACGUCCAGGUUCUGGAGAAGCUGCGGUCCGGCGAGUACAAGGUCGACAACCUGCACAUCAUAGACGAGGCGCACGCGCGACUGCUCGACGUGGGCGGUGUCAAACUGCGACUGCUCGGCCUCGGCGGCGCCGUCGUCAUGCACAAGCUGUUCGACAACGGCGAGGGCAGGACUACAAUCGCGGGUGGGCAAGGCACCAUGUGGACGACGCUGCUGCAAAUGGGCGAGCUUGUCGACACAGCGAACCGCGUAUACGACCCCACCGAGACGCGUAUCUUCGUCACGCACGCCUCCCCCGCCCGCGAAGGUCUGCUCAACCAGCUGUCUGUCACGCUCAAGGCCGAUUUCUCCGUCUCGGCUGGUCUCCACUUCCGCUACGGUAGCUCCUACAACGAGUUCAGCGUCAACCCCACUCUGGACCACUACCGCGGCAAGCUCGCUGCUUCCAAGGCCUCCUUCAACGACGUGUGGGAAACAGUCAAGACCGAGGUGGAGCCCGCCGUUGCCGACAGUGACUCGCAGCAGCGACUACUCAACUUGGCCCUCGAGAUUGUCAACAAGAUGCCCACGGUUGCAAAUGGCGGCAACCCCUUUGGUGGCCCUGCUCCCGGUCCUCAGAGCGGCGUCAUUGACGAGAGCGCAUUCAAGAACAUGUGGAACUUCAACCUGGCAGAUGCUGCAUACGGUUGGCUCGUGCUGGACAUUGACAACGGUAGGAUUGGUACAGAAAUGAGAGCCCAGGGCUUCAACUUCGCCCACCGCGGUGGCAAGGUCCCACCAGGUCAAGGUGGCCAGCCUGUGCCCGCUGCUACUACCUCAGGUCCUCCAGCCGUAGUCCCGAGCCCUGCUCCUCAGCAACCGUCACCUGCCCAAGGCCGCCAGACUGGUCCUCCAUCUAACGCCCCUCAACAGCCCCGCCCAGCUGUCGCGACUCCCCCGGUUCCCCAGCAGCAAAUCAAGCCUGCGCAGCCUGCACGGACGGGUCCAUCCCCCGCACCUGCUGCCAUCCCCAAGGAGCCUCUCAAGGCUGCAACGCCACAGCCCAGCACAACUGCCAACAACGCUUCCGCCAACACCACCGCUGCCAAGGCUGCUCCAAGCGAUGCGAAGCCGAACGGCACGUCAGCGCCAGAGAAGGGCCCUACCUCGCCUGCCCACAGGGAGUCCCGGGAGCCCAGGGAGCCCAGGGAGCCCAGGGAGCAAGUUGAGCGCAAAGAGAGCAAGGGGCUGUUCAUCUCAGGUGUUAAAGAUGAGGAGGAAGCCAAGAACCUGUUGGCCGAGGAGGACAGGUCAAAGAUCGAGAACCUGGAGAAGGUGAAGCACUUCUUCGUCGCUCACUUCGCCUCCCCUGCUGAGAUGCAGGCCGCCCUCAACCGCGUUGCGCCUGACGUCAAGAACGCCCGAGGACCAGAUAAGCCAAGCGUCAAGGUGUACAACGAGCGUCCCAACGCCCCUAGAUACGGUGCUGGGAGCUGGCAAGCCAGCAACCGAGGUGGUGCUCCGGCUGGCGGCUACAGGAGCGGAGGCGCCUCAGACAGCGAAGGUGGCCGCGGCGGACGCGGAGGUCGUGGUGGCGCAUUCCGUGGCAGCCGUGGCGGCGAGCGUGGCGAGCGCGGUGGCCGAGGCCGUGGAAGGGGAGCGUUCCGAGGUGGCGCGGGUGAAGGUGCACCAGCAUCGACGGGAGGCGAGUCAUAA